CGGCUAAGAGUCUACUUCAGACAGACGGUGCUCACAAGCACCUUGGAACUCUGUCAGUAACAGGUGAGACAGACAGCAUCUAUUGACCUGUUGCCUUAUAGGAUAGAGGAUAGGAUAGACCUACACAGAUUAAGGAUUUACUAUACACAGUAAGGAUUGAUACCGAAUGGAAUUUGAAAAACAAAAUGAAGUUUGGAUUGAUUCAGAUUAUGAGGAAGAGGAAAGAGGUGAUUCCUCUGAUUGGCUGCAUGGCAUUGUCUACUGCUGGAGCCAUCUUUGCCUCCCUCUACUUCCUAUUUACAAAGAAUGAUGUCAUUUUAAAUAAAAGUAGAAUUCCUGAAAACUGGGAGGGAGUGGACCCAUCUAAACCACAGAAGCUGGUCACUAUCAACCAGAAGUGGAGGCCGAUUGAAGAACUGGAACAGGUGAAGAGCAUGACCAAGUGAUCUUGCACGUGCAGGCUCUCUCUCUCUCUCUCUCUCUCUCUCUCUCUCUCUCUCUCUCUCUCUCUCUCUCUCUCUCUCUCUCUCUCUCUCUCUCUCUCUCUCCAUCCUCUCCCUUUCCCUUUCCCUUUCCCCUCCCCCUCCAUCCUGAUUGGGAGCCCACCAAGUUGCCUCCCCUUCCAUCAGUCGAGCGGAAUCAUUUCGACACAAACUAGAUUCUCUAAUACUGCACAAUAGCUGACUAUAAGUGUGACCAAAGCUAUUUGUUUGUGAAACAUGAUGUAUGUGUGAGGGUGAAAUAAGUGGAAAUGGGCAUGGCUUGUCUUAUUAAUGAUUCAUGAGGAGUGUAUGCCUGUGUGAUCCAAUCUAAAGCAAUGGCUGUAGGAUGACAAUGCCACCAUCAGAAAAAUUGCUUUAGAAAAGGUGGUCUUUUCAGCUAAAUAUAUUGUACUAUAAUAAUGCACUGAUAGUUCCUUCAGAAUGUAUUCAUACCCCUUGACUUAAGCAACAUUUUGUUGUGUUACAGCCUGAAUUAAAAAUGUAAAUGAAUAACUUCACCAUACCCAAACAGGUAUUCAAUGUCUGCUUUUUUAAAAUUUUACCCAUCUAUGUCCUUAUUUGCGAGGCUUUGAAAAACCUCCCUGGUCUUUGUGGCUGUAUCUAUUUUUGAAAUUCAGUGUUUGGGACCCAGAUAAUUGUAUGUGUAGGGUACAGAACAUCAUGUUUAACACUAUUAUUGCACACAGUGAGUCCAUGCAACUUAUUAUGUGAAUUGUUUAGCAAAUUACAGCUUUUCAUGUUUUAUUCGUUUGCAAAACUUUCAUACAACAAAAUUCCACUUUAAAAUUAUAUGUGUGUAGGCCAGUGACAAAAAAUAUAUACAUUUGAUACAUUUUAAAUUCAGGCUGUAACACAACAAAAUGUAGAGAAAGUCAAGGGGUGUGAAUACUUUCUGAAGGCACUGUAUUAUCUCAUUAUAAAAUAAUUGUUUAAUUAAAACAACUAUGACCACUGAUCUGACCUAUGACCCCUAAAAUGCCGAUACUGCACUCUGCCUUUGUAUGACCUUCAACAACUAAACUCAUCAAAAAAAGAAACUUCAUCUCACUAUUCAACUGCGUUUAUUUUCAGCAAACUUGACAUGUGUAAAUAUUUGUAUGAACACAGCAAGAUUCAACAACUCAAAAAUAAACUGAACAAGUUCCACAGACAGAAAUCAGUCAGUACCUGGUGUGGCC